GCGCAGAGAGUAGCGGCGGGGACGGGAGCCGAGCUGAGCCCCGUCUCCGUGGCGGCGCCCGCCCUUUCCCCGCGGCGGAGCAGGAGGAUGCGGGCCGGAGCGGGGCUCUGAGCGAUGGAAGGAGUCCUGUACAAGUGGACCAACUACCUGGCGGGUUGGCAGCCUCGGUGGUUUGUCUUAGACAAUGGGAUAUUGUCAUACUAUGAUUCACAGGAUGAUGUUUGCAAAGGCAGCAAGGGAAGUAUAAAGAUGGCUGUGUGUGAAAUAAAAGUCCAUGCAACAGACAACACCAGAAUGGAGUUAAUCAUCCCAGGGGAGCAGCAUUUCUAUAUGAAAGCAGUUAAUGCAGCUGAAAGGCAGAGGUGGCUGGUAGCGCUGGGAAGUGCAAAGGCCUGUUUAGCAGAUACUAGAACAAAAAAAGAAAAAGAAAUAAGUGAGACCAAUGAAUCCCUUAAAACCAAAAUGUCUGAACUUCGUCUCUACUGUGAUCUUCUCAUGCAGCAAGUUCAUACAAUACAAGAAUUUGUUCACCACGAUGAGACUUGCUCUCCUCCCAGCAUUGAGAACAUGAAUGAAGCCUCUUCCUUGCUUAGUGCCACGUGUAAUACAUUUAUCACAACACUUGAAGAAUGCGUGAAGAUUGCUAAUGCCAAGUUUAAGCCAGAAAUGUUCCAGCUGCCUCACCCCGAUCCCUUAGUUUCUCCUGUGUCACCAUCACCUGUCCAAAUGAUGAAGCGUUCCAUUAGCCAUCCUGGUCCUUGUUAUUCGGAAAGGGAUAAUCACUCUGUGAAAGAACCAGUUUCAUCCCUCCAUCGGUUAUCACAGCAACGCAGAAGAACAUACUCGGAUACGGAAUCUUACAGCGAUACUCCCCUGGAAGAUUCUCAGAGAUCUGCUCACUGUCCUAGAAAUGCUGUAAACGGAGAUCUGGUGUCAUCAACCAUUCCGGAAGAAAAUAGAUCGAUAUCAAAUGAAAGAUCUGAACUUGAAGGGAGUCUCUCAUCGUUUUCUUCCUGAAGAAGCUGAAAGUGUUUAAAUUUUCUAUUAAAAAUGCUAUGCAAAGGCUGCUGUAAUUAUAUUGUUAUUAUAGGAAGUAGUAAUUUCCCUUUUUAGAAGGAUUUCUCUGCACUUUAUAGAAUAACCUGAAAAAUAUCUUUGAGGUGUAUUUUAUCUUUAUAUAGUUUAUUUGCAAGAGUAUUUUCCUAAUAUUUCACAGUUUGAAUGUGCAUUUUUUUGGAACAAAUGAUGGUUUAACAGAUAAGCAUCUACAUUUGUAAAUGUUGCUCUUUAUAAAAAGUUUGAAGGUCUGACUGAUAUAGUAGUAAACCUGCAGGUUAUAAACUUUAGCAAAGAGGUUUUGUUUUGUGGGGUUUUUGUUUGUUUGUUUUUCCUUUUUGGAGAAUGUGCAGCUUGUGCCUGCUGAUCAUUUGUAUAAGCAGUCUGCCUGGAGCUUUGGUGGCCCUGCAGGGGCUUUUUUUGCCUGAGUAAGGGCUGUGGGACUGGGCAUUAAUGGAUCUACUCUAGCAGCAUGUUGGUAAUUGACAUUGCCUUCUUUAAAAACACAAGGGUAUACAUAAUCUGGUCUUUAUUUUUUGCCAAUGAGAGUAGAAAUAUUUUGUGUAUUUUUCUAGGAAAAAAAGAAGUAUACAAAUAACUUAAUAUGAAGCAUUUGUACCAAGCAUUGGAUAUUUAAUAAUUUUUAUUUAUUUAUUCUUCUUUUGCAUCAAAAUUUUUUUACCUACUUUCACUACUAAAGAUACAAAAAUCUACUAAAGGUUUCAAAAUGGGCAUAAAUUGUUUCUGGUGUGUGUAGCAUCACAAGUAGCUAAUGCAGCACUUCUAAUAUAUACUCUGCUCACGUAAUACUUUGCUGAAAACACAUCUUUUAGAAGAGCUGAACUAUUAGACCAUGAAGCUGCCGUUGAUAUGGACAGGGGUAUCUGGACGUAUUUUAUUUAUGACACGUUUAUACAAAGGUAGCUUCUGUUUUGGUGAUUCCUUUGUAUCGUUUCAGGAUGGUAUACACCAGGAGGGGCAUUCUGCUCUCAGUUACAUCAGCGUAAAUCUGCAUUAACUGUAAGUGAGAUCAGAUUCUGAUACUCAGUAAUUCACGAGUAAUAUAGUAUAGUAUAACAGUGCCUACUAGCACCUUGAUCCAUAAGGUUGCUGGAGUUAGCAUUGUAAGCUUUUGACGUGGGGGGGAGGGUUGGUGUUCAUUUAAAGAUAAACUUGGUUUAUAAAAUCUUAGCUGUAGAGCACUUUAAGCAAACCAUCCACUGUUCUUGGUUUACAAAAUUCCUAAAUAAGUGCACGGGGUUUUUUGUACUUGAGCACAUACCAAAAUCUGUUUUUUAUAAUCAGAUCUUUCUUUAGUCUGGUUUGUCUUCCUUUGGUGUAUAUGAAUAAUUUGGUGGUUUUGAAGCAGUUUGGAAAAGACAGAUGGGGUUGGAUUUGAAGGUUUCACUAUAAACUUCUGGAAUAUUGACUCAUCUAAUUCAAAAUAGAUCCAAACCUUGAGGAAAAACAUAAGCUGUUGCUUGUGUAGACUACCAGUCUUCAAACCAUUCUGUUGGUGUUCAAAGGGAAUGGAAAGGCUCAUUUAAGUAAAGUUAUUCAUGGCUUCCAGCUCAGUGCUGUCACUUGUGCUCAGUUCUGCCAGUUCUCAUGUACCUGUCAUUUGCAUAUCAGCCACACACAUGCUUGUACUUUUUUUUCCCUAAAUGUUUGCUGUUAUGUAUUCUGUAUGACACCUAAGGCAAUUGUAAAAACGAGUAUUAAAAAAAAAAAAAUUCAGAGAAGUAAA